UGAUUAUUUACAAUUUUUAAUACCAAGUUUGUUUAAUAUUUUUAAUUCGUCGGUCUCAAUUAUAUUUAUUUAAAAUGAAAUCUAAAUCAGGUUUAACUCGUUUUCACAAUUGUUACAUUCUUCGUGAUCGUAAAAUUAUCAAAGAAGAUUUAUGGAUACGAGAUGGAAAAAUCGAAAAUCCUGAACGUGUUUUUUAUGUGGAACAACUUGAAGCAGACAUCACAGUUGAUUGCGAGGACCUACUUAUUGCUCCCGGGUUCAUUGACAUUCAGAUAAACGGUGGAUGGGGUGUUGACUUCUCUAGAGAUUCUGAUAACAUUGAAGAAGGCGUGGCUAAAGUUUCAAAGAAUUUGUUAGCUCAUGGAGUAACAGCAUUUUGUCCUACGAUGAUUACAUCAGAUCAAGAAAUUUAUAGGCAAAUAUUACCAAGAAUUAAGAAAACCCAAGGAAACAAAAAUGGUGCUACAGUACUUGGAGUACAUUUAGAAGGCCCAUUUAUAAGCCCUACCAAAAAGGGAGCUCAUGUUGAGUCCUAUAUAAAAAAUCCUCAUAGGGGUAUAGAUACUAUUAGAGAAGUAUACGGUUCUUUGGAUAAUGUGGUAAUAAUCACACUAGCUCCAGAACUUCCAGGCUGUUUUGAAGCAAUCAAGGAUCUCACGAAUCUUGGUAUCAAAGUUGCUCUUGGACAUUCCAUUGCCAGUUUGGCUGAAGGCGAAAAGGCUGUCGAGUGCGGUGCUAAUUUAAUAACUCAUCUCUUUAAUGCAAUGCUACCAUUCCAUCAUCGUGAUCCAGGAUUAGUAGGGUUACUAGCUUCUACGAUGAAAAAACAAGUAUAUUAUGGUAUAAUAGCUGAUGGUAUCCACACUCAUCCAGCAGCGCUCAGAAUAGCAAACAGAACUAAUCCCGAAGGUUUAGUACUAGUAAGUGAUGCAGUGCCAGCGCAGGGACUACCGGAUGGUAACCAUCGCAUUGGACCGCAAAUCGUGACGGUAGAAGACGGUUGCGCUUACGUCACUGGAACGAAAACCCUCUGCGGAAGCACUACUGCCUUGGACUCUUGUAUUGUGAAAUUUAAAGACUCAAUUGAAUGUAGCUUGGAAUAUGCAUUGGGAGCAGCCUCAUUACAUCCGGCUAAGGCUUUAGGAAUUGAUGACAAGAAAGGGAAUUUAAACUUUGACAGUGACGCUGACUUCGUAAUACUUCACCCUAAAACAUUGAUAGUUCAAUCCACCUGGAUAGCUGGAGAAUGUGUAUAUAAAUGCCAGAACUAAGACAUGAACAAAACCAAUAUAUUAUAUUUUAAAAAUAAUAUCAGUACAACUGGGACGAUGAUAAUUUUGAGAAACGUAUUUCUCGACAUUAUACAAAUAAUAUCAUAUAUACGUACAUUUAAGUUCUGAAUAAAAUUCCCAAUUGUGCUGUUUCAAUGUUUUCAGUGUAAAAUUUCUUUUUCUCCUACCUACGCCGAAAGUUCGGUUUUCCUCCCACUGUACAGGGAAGAAAGUCUAACUUUUCCUUCCUGGGUACUGACAAG